AAUCAGGAUUCAAAACGCCAAGCAGACUAUCGUCGUGAGCUGGAAGAUAUAGAGGCAAGAGUGAGCCGUCGUCCUUUGCUCAUUGAGACUCAGGGUCAUCGGGCAGCUGCCGAGCGCGUGGCGGCUCAUUUUGAUGCUACCCUGCGCCAGGCUGGUCUGGAGCCAAGCCAAUUUAUGCUGGCGAAGAGCACGAAUCGGUUGGAACCGAAGUCGCCCGAAAAUGAAUUACCCGGUCUAUUUCAGCGUUCACUAGUGGUUGGUAAUGACAAAAUAAAAGAACCAAUCGAACGAACCUCACAAAAGCAAACUGACGAUGAAGGAAUUGAUGGUUGCCAAAUCGGAUGUAGAUGA